AUGUCCGCCAAAUCGAUUCUCGAGGCCGACGGCAAGGCCAUCCUCAACUACCACCUCACCCGCGCUCCCGUUAUCAAGCCCAGCCCUCUUCCUGCGCCUACUACUCACAACCCCCCCAGCAGACUCGCCUCGCUGCACUUCCCAGAGGACGCCAGUGUUGAGGAUAUUCUGAACCAGGCUGAGGUCACCUACCCUUGGCUCCUCCAGCCCGACGCCAAGUUCGUUGCCAAGCCCGAUCAGCUCAUCAAGCGACGAGGAAAGAGUGGUCUUUUGGCUCUUAACAAGACCUGGCCUGAGGCUAAGGCUUGGGUCGCUGAGCGAGCCGGUAAGGAGCAGCAGGUUGAGCACACCACUGGUGUGUUGAGACAGUUCCUUGUCGAGCCUUUUGUUCCUCAUCCCCAAGACACUGAGUACUACAUCAACAUCAACUCAGUCCGUGAUGGCGACUGGAUCCUCUUCACCCACGAGGGCGGUGUUGAUGUCGGUGAUGUUGACGCUAAGGCUGAGAAGCUUUUGAUCCCUGUGGAUCUCGCCGAAUACCCUUCCAACGAGGAGAUUGCUGCUACUCUCCUCAAGAAGGUUCCCCAGGGCGUCCACAACGUCCUGGUUGACUUCAUCACCCGUCUCUAUGCCGUCUACGUUGACUGUCAGUUCACUUAUCUCGAGAUCAACCCUCUCGUUGUCAUUCCCAAUGAGGACAAGACCUCCGCCGCUGUCCACUUCCUCGAUCUUGCUGCCAAGCUCGACCAGACUGCCGACUUCGAGUGUGGUGUCAAGUGGGCCAUUGCUCGAUCUCCCGCUGCUCUCGGUCUUACCAACAUUGCUCCCUCUGCUGAUGGCAAGAUCAACAUCGAUGCUGGCCCUCCCAUGGAGUUCCCUGCCCCCUUCGGUCGUGAGCUGACCAAGGAGGAGGCUUAUAUCGCUGACCUCGACGCUAAGACUGGUGCUUCCCUGAAGCUCACCGUACUGAACGCCAAGGGCCGUAUCUGGACCCUUGUUGCUGGUGGUGGUGCUUCCGUCGUCUACGCCGAUGCCAUUGCCUCUGCUGGUUUCGCCGACGAGCUCGCCAACUACGGUGAGUACUCCGGUGCUCCCACCGAGUCUCAGACCUACCACUACGCUCGAACUGUUCUGGACCUUCUCCUCCGUGCUCCCCAAAACGAUGAGGGCAAGGUUCUCUUCAUCGGUGGUGGUAUUGCCAACUUCACCAACGUCGCCAGCACUUUCAAGGGUGUUAUCAGGGCUCUGCGAGACUUCGCUCCUAAGCUGAUCGAGCACAAUGUUUCCAUCUGGGUGCGACGUGCCGGUCCCAACUACCAAGAGGGUCUGAAGAACAUGAAGGCCGCCACUCAGGAGCUCGGCCUCAACGCCAAGAUCUUUGGCCCUGAGAUGCACGUCUCUGGUAUUGUACCUCUGGCCCUUGUCCCUGGCAAGUGGGAGGAGAGCAAGGCACAGGAGUUCCAGGCUUAA